UUUGAUGAGCCGCUGUACGUAGCCUAUCAGCUUCGGAAAUAAUGCAUUCCGACCGAAGACGUGGCAUCUGCUGUGGCUAUGAAUACGAAACUUUAGAUUACGGUCCAGGGGACAUUGAACUGUUUAGCGACGUUUGAUCCAAAAAGUGGAGCCAAAAUUAAGACUAAGCUACAGCACAGACCAACGUUUUACGUAGUCUAUUACUGAUCAGUUGACAGCUAUGAAGAAUUCUUGGUGAUAAAAGGAUUAGUUGGUCAAAAGAUCAAAUUCAGAGAGGGAUGGAAACGUCCUUAGUCAAUUCGAAUAUUCGUUCACAACAUAUGUUGAUGCCACGGGGAAAACAACAGAUUGAUCCGCUAGCUCGAGGGAUGCCGGUAUCUGACCCUGACACCACAGCCAGGGGACCAUCUAUUAUGGCAGCUCAUAAGUAUUUCUGCAAUAAAUAUUAUUUAUAAUUUUUCGUGACAUUAUAGUAAUUUAUUGAACAUAUUUAUAAUCCCUAAAAGUAUGAAAACCCCUAGCUCUCACCCCUAGCUCAACGCUGAACAUAACUAAAAUCGGGGGAUAGCUGCCGUGAGCUUUCUUGAACAUUGUUUGCUGGCUAUGUCCACACACAUCCGACCUUAAAGUCUUUUUCGUGGGGUGAUAUGGGUGAUGCCUCUACGCUUCUGAAGGGGGCGUUUAUUGCAGGCACAAUUUGAGGAGGAGCAACAUCCCCAGCAGCCCGGAAGAUGGUCUUUGCAUCGAACAUCUGAAAUUAUGAUUACAGCACGAUAUUGCCUAAGACAGCGGCUGUUUUCUUCAGUGUAAAUAACAGAUUAACGAUUGCAGUUAAUUGUUUAGGUGCAGGACAUCUCCGAGUUCCAAAAAAGUUUACAUAGUUAGCUAGCUAACAUUAGCUAAACAAGAUCCGGAAAAGUAAACAUCACCGUUUACUUUAGCAGUCGCAAACGGAAAUACACAGCUGUAAUGGAGUUUUGCAAUAAGGUAAAAGACAAAAAUCCGAAUUGAUGGAUUAAACGAUAAAAUAAUUUAAUUUGAAAUAAAAGUAACAGGGUUAGCUAGUCAGUUUUGACGAGGACAUAGUGUAGCUAACAUUUUUGUACUUCUGAGAUUAGGGUUGUCAGCCAGCGACGUACAAUGGCUGGUAGCCUAACACUCUCUAGGCAGACAGUUAAUUAAAUUAGCUAGCUAAGUAACAAAGAGCUCGUAGAAUACCAUGCAAUUAGCUAGCUAUCUAAAGCCAAAAUGAAACACUUCCCGUGCAGCUAACAAAGCUAACUUUGAAUGGCUUGCCAUCUAGCUAGUUAACUUAACUAUUUGAGUUCCACAUAUCCCCAUGUAAAUAAAUACCAGACAAGUACAACAAAAACGGUUUUGAGGACAGCGGGCUGGGUAGCGCAGGCGUUACUGUCUUAAUAAAAAAUAAAAUAAAAAACACUGGAGCGGUUGUUUUUCUGAAGAUGGGAAGAAAAAAGAAGACACUGCAUGAUUAUGCAUCUGAGUUCAGCGACUUGGGAGUGAAAAGACAUGUGGUGGAGCAACAGAACUCCGGCGAGAGGACCUUGGUGGAAAUACUAUUCUGCAAAUCUUGUGAAAUCACGGUUAGGGUACGUAGAGAUCGGAUACUUGAGCACCUAGCUUCGGCCAGGCAUUAUCGCAACAAACGCCUUGCGAAACUGUGGGACCGAAAGCCCCCUCACAUGUCCUCCGAUACAGACCUCCACCCUGGCUCACCUGCAGAGCUGGAUUCCACGUCGCCUCUGGCCCUGCAGUCUCAGCUGAUCCUGCACAGAAGCCCCUUCUCCCCCCUCCCGUCGCCCGCCUGCCAGCAGGGCCCCCCCGUGCACUCCAGCAGCAUCAGCUCCACCUCCUGCCGGAUGGGCGUGGCCUCUGCCCAGGGCGACGCCGCCCCGUCCACGUCCGCCGGCAGGGCCCGCCCACUCCCGCCGUCCCGCCUGAGAAGCCCCGAGCCCGCCCCCCCGCCCGCGUCCAGCUCCAGCCCCUGGCCGGCCGUGCCGGAGCCCUCCUCCGGGGGGCGCUGCUGUGCGUCCGGGGAGGGAGAGCGGCGCGGCGCGGGCGUGGGCCUGGCUCUGUUCGGGGUGGGCUCCGGCUGCCGGGCCCUGUGCCAGAGCUUGGUGGAGGAGAAGGGCUGCCGUCUGCUGUACAUCGUGGAGGAGCAGCACUGGGAGGUGGACACGGUGUUCAGUCAGGAGCACCUGGCGCACACCCGGGUGCUGCGCGCCGUCGACACCGACAUCGUGCUGAGUGACCAGCGUGUGGCAGGAAUCUUGGUCUGUUCCCCUCCUAAAGAGGCCUCGAAAAUAGUCCUAGGUGCCUUAAGAGCAGGUAAAGGUGUGUUCUGUGAGAAGUUGCCCAGUCUGGACAGACGAGUCGCGGAGUCCUGUUUCGAUGAGGCAGAGAGGCAGGGCAUGCCGCUGGUGUGUGGAUUUUACAAGCGUUUUGACCCCGCCCUGCAGUAUCUGUACAAGAAGGUGAACGAGAACGACACCCUGGGCAGAAUACAGCGGGUCGUGGCUGUGAGCCGCCUCUAUCCCCGUCCCACGGUGGGCAGAAUCAAGGCCUCCGGGGGAAUAUUUUUCAGCAUGGCGGUGCAUGACAUCGAUGUCAUAUGCUGGCUGUUGGGCGAACGCAUUCCAGACACCAUUUUUUCACUGGGGCACGCAUUCUGCGCAGAGGUGGCCUCGGUGAGUGACGCUGACACGGUCACCGUCAGCAUGAAGUUCCCCAGCGGUGCCAUCGCCUCCCUGGACAUCAGCCAACACUGCCACAAGAGCUGCGACCAAAGACUUGAGGUCCACGGUUCGGAGGGCUCCUUGCACAUGGAGAACAGGAAUCCUCUGGGAAUCUGCGACCGCAGCACGUCGUCCGGCCUCUCUCUGCAGUCCACCGCCGACCGCUUCCUGGACGCCUACAGGGAGCUGCUGCGGCACUUCCUCCGGACGCUGCGAGGAGUGGAGCCGCCGUUCAUCACCAAAGAGCAGUACCUGUGGACAGUCCAGGUGGCCUCUGCCGCAGAGCAGUCAUGGAAGAACGGCUCCGCGGUCGACCUGCGCAACGAUUCCCCGGAACGCUUGGUCAUCAAGACCGAGGCCUAACCUCCCCUGCCCUGACCGUGACCGUGACCGUGUCCCAGGCCCGUAUGAAACGAGACGAAUCAGGCAGACACGUUUAGCUCAUCUGCUCACAGAGCACUCCUGUUGUAUCGACAAUACGUUGUGCGAUCUGCUGUUUUACCACCAGACCAUACCUGCGUUCAGCGCUGUGGUUCCGCACCUCUGUGGGUUUUUCCAAAUUAUGACGUUUUAACUGGCUAAAAUAUGAGGUCAUUUGUCACAGUGCAAGACAUUCUUUAGAUCUCAAUGAUCUAAGACCAAACGUAGACCACUGCAGUUAGUUCUUGUGUGAUCCAAUGAUAUAAGUAUUAGUUCAUCUUAUUUAUAUUCAUGUCCAAAAUAUGGUUCAGUACAGGAAUAUAAAUAUUUAAAAGUGUAUUAUCUCUUUGGUCUUGGCUUGUACACUUACACUUUGACCUGCUUGGUAUUGGAUUAUACAAAGACCUGCUGGGUAUUGGAUAAUCCAAAGCAUUGGCUUGGUGUGAGGUGGAGGAGAAGAUGGAUUGGUGACAGGAUUUUUUUAUUUUGCCAAAAAGACCAGGGCAACAGGCCAGUCAUUCAGGGCUUGGCGCCAAUCUGUUCUGUCCUGAUUAAAAAGCCAUUGUAGCUCUUUAUAAUUGCUGCAAAUACUACUUAGUAGUAUUAACCACAAACAUUGAAACUACACAUUUGAAAAUUACCCCCCCCUUCAAAUUGGCCCAGCCAUGCCAACACUGAUUAUGCAUCGCCCUGAAGGGCUGUGGGCCCCGCUUGGCACCUUGGCACUGAGACGGGCGGAAGGGACUCCCAGAUUGCAGGGCCACUGCACUAGAACGGUGCCUGAACUCUGCAGCGUCACGCUGUUCAGUUCUGGACGAAGAGAGAUCGCAUUACUCGAAUUCCUUUUUUUUAUUUUCGUUGUCAUUUUAGCAUUUCAUAUUACAGUGUGUAAAUCUUAGCGGUGAUUGCGAUGCGAAAGGCCUCGGUUUCGAGUUGAGCAUGUUACGUAGAGACCUAUGCACUCCUGCUCUCACAGAUGUGGCGCACAAGGUUUUAUGUUCGGAUUCCGAAUGAUUCUGCGUUGCCUUGUGUUGGCGCUGCUCUCUGCUUCAUAUUUAAUGGUGUCCUGCAUUAUCCCCUGCCAAUUACACGGACUAUUCAGGAUGUCAUGUGAUGUCAUGCCAACAUAAUUACCCCUCUGUUCCACACCUGUGACAGAAGGUUGCAGGGCCCCUGUAUCUGCAGUCUUCCGUGAUGUUUUCCUACGGCUGCGUCUUUGCUUCCGGUAAUUGCACUAAUUAGACCUACCGUGUUUGCCUUUAUUAUGUAUUCAAACUAAAACAUAGGAAGGUGGUGCCAGAUGUUGAUGUGUGUGCAAUGUUGGUUAAGAUGAACAUGGCCCCAGUACGACAGUUUUUGCGCUGUACAAUAUUAAGCAAUGGAAUGGGAUGCCACAUAUUAUAAGAUACACUCAAAAACAACGAGUGGUGAAACUUGCACAUUGCCUCAGAGUUCCAAUGCAUCUUUCUGCUAUACACGCCAUUGAACUGAAACUUUUAGUCAGCAGUUUUCUUCAAUAUAUUCCCUGUAUUCAGAAUUUCACUUUCACUUACUGUAAGCUAUGUAAAUAGAAAUCUUAAUUUUAACAUUUGAGAAAUAUAUGUAUGGCUGAAAUGUACUGAAAACCACUGGUAAGCUACUGCAGUACUAUAAGAACCAGCUGCCUUGCAUUGCAUGAAAGUGUGUGUGUGUGUGUGUGUGUGUGUGUGUGUGUGUGUGCGUGCGUGUCUGUCUGCCUCAUUUCAUCUUGGACUAUACUGUGUGUGAAUAUGUGUGGUUGCUUAGUUGCUGUUCAUUGUUGAUGAACGUUAAAGAUUUUUUUAUUUCCUUGUUCGGUUUUACCAGCCGAACAAUAGUUUUGAUGAGUUCAUGUUUAAAGGCUCCUGUAUAUAGAAGAAGUUUUUUGCAAAUAUUGAAGCAAUGGACAUGUAAAAGAAAAAAAAAAUCUAUCUUUGUAAAUGCGUGACUUCUCAUUUCAAUGUAAAUUCCUCAAUAUAUCCUUUUUAUGUGCCGUCCUGCAUUGCUGUGCCUGUCUUGCAUGACUCCUCUCACAUUCACUGGCACAGAGCUACUGGAGAAGUCCCAGCUGACCCAGGGUCAUCUCCCCUGCAAAUAAAGACCCUUUUAGCAGUCUCA